CCUGAAGCUUGCAGUUUGGGGGGUGCAAUGCCCCUCCAAAAUCCAUCCAUGGGUACAGAGUCUGGGCAUAAUCCAGAGCCAGAAGGAGGUGAUGCCUUCCUCUAGAUCAGGGAUCUCCAAACUAUGGCCCACGGGCCGGAUCCGGCACAGGGCUUCCAUUUGUCCGGCCCUCCAACCAACAGGGGAGAAGCGAACAGCUGAGUAGAGCAGGCAGGGGGAGGGGCGUCCAGCAGCAGCUCACACGGGACAGCAGCACAGCUGAGUUGUACAGAGGGCAGGUGACUGUGCUGCCUGGUGAGCCUGACCAAAGAGCCUUCCCAGAGCUAAGGAAUGACUCUGCAGAUGAAGUGCGCUCCUCCUUCUCUCCCCCUUCCUCACUAGCUGUGCCAAGGCAAUGGCUGAGCAGUGCCAGUUUCCACCUCUCUUCACCAGGACACAGCCCCGAGCUGGGAGCCCAGGACCCCUUCACUGGGGUGCAGGUAUUAGAGGCACCCUCUGGAAUGGAUGAGGCCGUGCAAACUUCAGAAACCAAUCAUUGGCACCUGGCACACUCUGGGAAGGAAUCCAUCUCUGUCACUCUGCACGGUGCCAGCAACCUGCCAGCCACCCAGAAGGGCAACGUGCCAUGGCCCUAUGUCACUGUUAAAAGCAGCUCGGAUGUUGAGAAGAAAUGGGAAGCCCAGGGGGUGACUCAUGUGUCCUCUGAGCCUACGCACUCUCCAACCUGGGAGGAGAAGGUGACCAUGGAAAUUGAUGCAGAAGAUGCAGGCCAUGAAGCUGUGAUCCUGACUGUGGCCGACAAAAUCACCAAGGACGUGCUAGUGAGCUACAAGAUUCCUGUGAGGUACCUCCGAUCGUUUCACCACUACCACUUGAGACUGGUGCUGCCGAGGAAGAAGGACCCCUUGGGGACAAGUCUGUACGCUACGCUUGUUCGUAAAGGCAGCCUCAUCCCGCGUUAUGUUGGAAUGAAUUACACCGGCUUGGAGGUUUUCCUCCAGGGAAUGAAGAAUCCUCUAGCAGAUCCCCAAGGUCCUAUCGUAGCCAUUGCCAGAGUGGUGAACAACUUUAAUGCAUACAGAAAAGCCAUGAAGAUGCGGCCCUCUGCCUCUCCUGCGAUUGAUUUAACCACCAUCACAUUUCCAGACCCCUCCAUGGUGGCAUUCGAUGUUCUCCGAGUCACCAACCAAGGAUAUCCCCAGGUCACCCAACCUGGUGGACCCCCAGAGAAACCAACCUGGAACUCCUCCUUCCUCUUCCAAGGCAGGGAUGGGGCCACCCUCUUCUCAGAUGAUACCAGCCUGGUGAUCGAAUACUAUCCGUACAAAACAAUGUCAGAAACAGAAGCUGAGAACAAGCCAAAGCCUUUGGGUUACUCCGUGUUGCCCCUAACCAACCGUGUGUAUCGGAGUCUUGUGGCAGAGAGCAACCGGAGUGGGGUUCGUGUGGAUGAUGUUCCAAUUCAGGGCACUAAUCUGAGAACCACAUCUGGUGCUGUUCCAACCGUUCAACUCUGCAUGCAGCUGAUCGGCUCAGAGAGACCGGAUAUGUUUCUCACCCCGUCCAACACUGACACCCUUCCCAUCCUGGAUCCCAAACUCCUGGGGAAGAUUGGGGCGAUCAGGGAGCCCUGGGCACAAUCUUCCUCUCUUGUACCAUAUGCUUCCGUCAAAGGGGACAAAUCAAAGUUAGCACUUCAGCCCCCAGAUGAGAUGGCCCCCAUUGAGCUCGAACGCAAGAAGUCCCAUGUCAAUCUGUUGUUGCUUAACCAAGAUAAUGACGUCUCCCUCCCGCCCCCUGAGGCUGUAGCUGAGAUUCUGCCAGAUAAGCAGAUGCUCCUAUAUGAAAAGGCAGCCACCCCAGCAGACGGUGACGUGGAUGAUGUGGACAUGCUCAGAAGAACCCAGGAUGUCACCAGGUUCCAUCUGGAUCAGCAGGAGCUAGAUAAUUACCGUACGGCCAUGAAGAAGAUGGCAGAUGAUAUCCAGUCUCUGCGCAGGCAUGUUGCCAGCCUGGAGGCAGAGAACAGCACCUUGCGCUGCAACCUGAGCAUGCACGAGGAAGUGGGCCGCACACUGCUGAACGAUGUGGACGUGGAUGUCAUGACCAAGGUGGAGAUAGUUGACAGGAUAGUGGCCCUCAAGCACAAACUGGCUGCUGGGACAGUGGAGAUGAGCAGGAUGAAGGACCGGGUGCAACAGCUGCAAAAUGAGCUGAUCCGGAAUGACCGGGAGAAGGACCUGGUGAUGCUGCAACGAGCCCAUCAGCAACAGCAGACGGUGCUGAGGAAGUACCAUGAGAAAAUCACCAAGAUGAAAGCCCUGGAGGAUACUGUACGGCAGCAGGAGAGGGUGAUUGAGAAGAUGGAGCGCAUGCUGGAGGAGAAGGUGCCAGAGGCUACUAGGACCUGUGAGCAACUGUUGGCUGAUAGCUUCUCCAAGGAGUUCUACUCUACCCUGCUAGCUGAGAACAUGAGACUGCGGGAGGAGUUGGGCAGAGCCCACUACCGCUCUUCCCCCAUCAUCCUGCAGCAGCAAGCCUUGCCGGACAUAUUCUCCACCAACUCAGAGAAGCUGUCUUUGCUGGCCAAGGUGGAGAAGGCGCAAGGUCGCAUCCGUGCCCUGGAAAGCCAGCUGGAGGAGUCUGCGAGGAAAUGGGGGCGGGAGAAGCAGGACCUCAGCACCCAGCUCCUGGAGCAAGAGCAUGGCUUUGGGCGCCCAUCCAGCACCAUCCUGCAUGAUUUCUCACUGAAAACUUCACCAGACCCCACAACACAUAUCAAGAGGCACCAAACGCUUGAUCCUCUGCCCUAGCACCUUCUGCAAGAUGGACUUAUUGGCAGUACUGGGGAAAGACUGUGAAUGUUCUGUCUGGUCUCCCACCCACCCCCCACCCCCCGAAACAGAGCUCUCCUAGGGGGUCUACUGGAGAUCUUUAUUAAAUGCUUGAUGCUCAACCCCCAAGUGCUGUUACUGAAGACUGGAUGGCCAUGGGAAAUACCUAUGCCAGUCAGAGCUCAGGGAUAUGCUUGGCCAAGUGAUAGGAUCCAGUCUGUGAAGCCCAGAUCAAAGCUUGGAGAAGCGCUAACUCUGGGUUCUAUCACAGGGCACUGGGGUUUGGGGAUUUUGAAUCUGGCCCAGAACCCUGCCCCAAUAGGUCACCCCCCGCCACCCAACCCUAUCUCCUCCCCAUCUUGAUGACCAUCUGUACGUAUCUCUCCCCAAGGGUUCCAAGGCAGUUUAGCUUGACUUUCAACAUGUUUUCAGCAGCUGAUUUUUGCUGGUCCCUUGUAUGAUCACUUCUGCAGUGUUCCAAGCACAGUUAGAUGACAGCUGGUGUUGAGCUUAUUGUAUCUUCCCUUCCCCGCCUUCUCCCCCCAGGCAGUAGUGUCUUGGAACAUUGCAUUGCUGGGGUGGGGGGAAGAAGGGUGUGACAUGGACUGAAUUCAUACCCAGCAGAGGUGGCCUCCGUCUCUUUGGAAGGGUGGGUGAAGAACUCCAUCCUUGGCUGUGAUGAUGGAACGCUGCCCGCUGUAUAGCACAUCAGCUAUGCCCGAAGGACCAAUUUGGAUCAGUUUCACCCUCCAAGCGUGUGAUGUUCGUGGAGGUUGACAUUCCCUUUACCUGUGGUCCACUUCCUUUUAUGUGUGGGACAUUCCACAUGGAGCUAGACACAGUUUAGUUGGGGUGGUGAUGCCAAACCGAAACUGGGACUGUGAGAAAGCACCAGCCUGCACAUCCCUUGAAGAUGGCUCCCACAGUCAGUCCGCAGACCAGGAGGAAAUCUGAACGUGUAACCAAGCCAAACGCACUCUGCAAUAGAGCGAGUGGCAGCCUUAGAGGUGGGGGAAUGGGCCACUGCACACACGGUGCAUUGACACUUUGUUGGCCUAUGCAGCCUAUGCCCCCUAGGGAGUCCUGAGUAGAGAAGCAAAACAUCAUGGGCCAAAUUCAUCCCUGGGGUAACCCCAUUGACUUCAGCAGAGUUUCACCAGGGAUGAUUCUGACCCCUGGAAUGGCCCACCAGGCUAGACUUAGCCCCGCAAGGUGAGGUGCCCAGCUAGUACGAGUGAUGAGAGCAGCAGCAGCACAUGGCCAUGAGGGCCCUUUGCCCUGGCUGCUAUUCCUCAUGUCCGCAAGGACUCGUGUGAAGCCACUGGGCUCCAGAUCCUUGCAGCCAAAGUCACUUGUGCAGUGACAGAAGCUACUCAUUCUUGUCACUAGUGCCGUUCCGCUGGCAACAGGUGUUAGCCCCCAGUCGGUGAGUGCUACGCAUCCCGAUCUGCAGAGGGAAUGGGGCUGGACCAGCUCUUAGUUUGCACUGUAGAGACUUGGGUUGUUGGCUGUUAGGUCCCUGGUUCAGUCCCCAGUAUUGGCCGAGAGGGCAGCCCCCAUACCUAACUGGCCUUGGGGUGUGGCAGGUUUAGUAGACAGGUGACAGCCGGGGCUGCACCCAUACCAGCUCUGAGCACAGCAUGCAGGUUAGCAGGUGCUGCCUGAGCCAUGCUUGCCACUGGGGCUGACUUGCUGAGUGUACCUGAUACGGAAAAGGCCCCUCAGGUGCUGCCCCCAGUACGAGGGGUGUUGAUUUGCAGAGCCAAUAGAACGGCAGCACUUCAAUGGGAAGUGGCCAUGUCCCAUGGCAGCAAAGGGGUGCCGUCUGCCUUGUUGCUUUAAGGGGUGGCAAUUUCAAAUGAGAACAUGACCCUUCAAGGACAUCUGGUCUGGUUUGCCCCUUCUUCAGUAGCCCUUCCCUUUGCCACCCCUGUGAUGUGAGCCCAGCCUGUUGGGGGGUGGAGAAUAUCAGCUGUAGCCUGGAGGGAGGAAAGGGGGUGGGGGACUUUAAAACUAAACAGAUGAACAGGGCCUCCAGUGGUCUGCCAGGUGCAGGGGGCAAAGCAAUAGCACAUAGCCAAGGCAGAGCAUGGCACGGGGGUUAGCCACAUCACCAGCCAGAAAGGCAGCUUUGGAACACGUAUCCUGGAACCUCUCGCUCUGACUGGUCAAGGCCUGCUGCCGGGGGACAUGAUGAGGAGCAGGAUGCUGGCAUGUCCAGGUGUCUCUUUGGCAUGUGAAAUCAGGGCAUCUCACAUGUGAAUUUGGCAUGCCAACAGGUACUUCCUAUGGGGACUGGGAGCCCUCAACAUUCCAGCAUUUCAACCACACUUCCCAGGUCCUUCUCUAACUAUUCUCCAACUGCACAGACAUCCCGCGGAUCUCUCCUGAGUGCAAUUCCAGUGCCUUCCAGUAACUGCACCUUCCCCACCCUCCUCCUGUAAUACAAUGGCCGAAAGAGAAAUGGACUUUCCAGUUCCCAUCUUUUCUUAAAACAUGUAUUGUUUGCCCUUGAGUGGUUCUUGGUACAUCAUCACCUAGCCGAACUUCACCAGAUAUUGUUGUGUUCACAUGCUAAGUUCUAAAAUAUCUUCCUUGAGUCCAUUACAUGAGUUGUCACUGGAAAAAAAAUCACCAGCAAUGACAAUGUGAUCCCAAUAAAUGGAAAGCAGAAA